UCCAAGCUGAGGUGCUCAUGGAGAAAUGCUUUGUUUCAUUGCAUGCACAUUGCUCUGCAAGACCAUCCAUGAGCUCAGAUUUCCAGCAUUACAGUUUCAGGAUGCCAAACAUUGGAUUCCAGAACCUGCCUCUCAACAUAUAUAUCGUUGUCUUCGGCACAGCCAUAUUUGUCUUCAUCCUCAGUUUGCUCUUUUGCUGCUACCUGAUCAGGCUGAGACAUCAAGCCCACAAAGAACUUUAUGCAUACAAACAGGUCAUCUUGAAGGAAAAAGUCAAAGAACUCAACCUACAUGAGAGGGCCGCUGUCUGUUUGGAGGAGUUCAAACCCAAGGAUGAGUUGGGGAUUUGUCCGUGCAAACAUGCCUUCCACAGAAAGUGCCUCAUCAAAUGGCUGGAGGUGCGGAAGGUCUGCCCUCUGUGCAACAUGGCCGUUCUCCAGCUGGCCCAGCUCCACAGCAAGCCGGAUCCCCACGGGCCCCCGCAGGAGCCCCUACCCGGGGCGGCCAACAUGGUAUAGCUUCCCGAGACCCGCCCGCUCCUUCUUCUCCGACGCAACCCGGAGCCUGACAGACCCGCGCAGAGACUCUCCCGAGGCUGCUGAGCACUUCCGAGCAUCCUGCAGGAUUCCCUUUGUCUCUUGAAGAGCACACAAGAGUCGCUCGGAAGGAGGAAGGGCGGAAGAGUUCGUGCCAAAAAAACGGAGCCCCAGCGUAGUGCUCAGCAGCGCGACCGGGGAGGAGGCAAACGGGGCCAGCCGUUGGGUUUGGCUUGGCUUCUCUUUCUUCUUUUUUCCGCCCUCCUUUCUUUUUUUUUUCUCCUUUUGUGACAAGCACUUUACGACGGACGUGGGUCAGGUCAGGCGCCUGCUGGAUGAAGGAGGUCCCAGAGCCUGUAAGGGACUUUGAGAGAGAGAGAGAAGGAACACACCAGGUGCCCCCUAUGUGAUUGUGCAUCUUUGCUGCCUCUCAAGAUGGAGUGACUCAGCAGCACGCUCAGCAGGAAGACCCCUCCAACACACUCUGGGGAUAAAUGUGCCCCUCCCCGCCUCGUUUCCACCUAUCGGUGGUGACCUCGUAUCGAGUUUGCCUAUAGCGAACAACAGCAAGGCAAAAUCCUGCCGAGUCUUUGUGUUCCUUUGUGCAAAGGGGCAGGGGGCAACUGGAGAGAGAGCGGCCCCCCACCCCCACAGAUCUACAGCCUGGAGACCCCAAGGGGGUGGUGGAGAUAUGCCCCCAUAAGGAGACUGGCCAAUUUCUCCCAGCGGCCUUGAUGGCUUCUGUUGAGCACUUGAGAUAGAUGUUUUCUCGAUUCCAGCCUCAGAAAACGGCUCCUUUAAGUGCCACAGAAGAAGGGGGUGGGGAGGAAGUGGAAAAGAAUCAGAUCUCACAAAUUCCUGUCACCUUAAUGGAGAACUUCAUCCUACGUGAGGAAUGACAAAACCUUGUCAGUAUCAAUCAAAGCAUUCUCUCUAGAACAUAGCAAAAAAUAUCUCUUUUUAAACCCACAAAUAAAUUCAUUUCAUGCCACCUGCUAACACAGAAGGGGCGCUCACCAAUGUUGAGUUAAAAGUGUAUUUAGGAUUCGUAAAAAAUUAAAAAGCAAAUUUGCAAUUGUUGUGCAACUGAAAAUUGACAUCUUUGCAGUUUUGGUAGGGUGAAGGGCCGAUUUUGUUGCUGGGGUGGAUCUGUA